AUGGAAACAAGGCCUGGUGCAGGUCCUAGCCCUGGAAAGAAGUCCUGUGGAAUUUAUCCCCAGGGAUUAUUAGUAUUCAGUGGCUCCUCAGAAAAGGACACCAGCUUGGCCAAGCAGUUUUGGAUCACGGCGUCAAUGUAUCCGCCUAACGAAUCCCAGUUGGUGCUGUCGGGCAGUAGCAGUCAGCGUCUGCCCGUGGCCAGGUCCUCUAAGAGCAGCACCCUUGAGAAAAGUUUCUUGCGGUCUCUUUCUCUUGAGAAAAACAAGGGAACAGAUGCCAUUGAUGAAACCCUAAAGAUGGAGGAGAAAAAAAAGUAUCUGGAAAAGGCUAAAAAGAGAGAUGAGAUUCUCCAACUCUUUAAAAAACAAAGAGAAGAAAGGAUCUCGAAAGAACUGAUCUCCCUUCCUUAUAAACCAAAGAACAAAGUCUGCAAAGCAAAGAAAGUGAUUCCAGAGUCCAAUAAGGAAGACCAAGAAGAAGUCAAAGCCUUGAACUAA